UCUCUGAUUCAUUUCCAUUCACCCGUUCAACCUUUUGAUUCCCUUUAUAAUACUCCCUCAUUUCCUUUAUUUUCCCUCUCUCCCUCUCUCUCUCUCUACCAAUUGUCUCUCUCUGUGUGCUCUCGGCACUCUCUCUGAACUGAAUGCAUCACCUCACCAUAACCCUCAAAUCCCCAAUUACAUGCAAUGGAUUGUCUCCUCAUCCUCAUCCGAUCACUUUUCAAAACCCUAGACUAAUCCACCCCAUUUUGCCCACAAUCUUACACAACAACACUCACUCCUCGAUCUUCAGCUGUAAAGGAAUCGAAGUCUCUCUUGCCAAACACCGCACUAAAUUUUCCAAUUUCUCCGAUGGCAAUGAAAGAUUGAGGAGUGUAGGAGUGAAAGAUGUCGAUGUUGCCACUCUCGGAAAUCUCUGCGUCGAUAUUGUCCUCAAUGUCCCAAAGUUACCUCCGGCGCCGUUGGAUGAACGUGAAGCUUAUAUGGAACAGUUGUCUAAAUCGACACCCGAUAAGCAAUACUGGGAAGCCGGUGGUAACUGCAACAUGGCUAUAGCAGCGGCAAGACUGGGACUUUGCUGUACAGCAAUUGGUCAUGUUGGUAGUGAAAUCUAUGGACGCUUCCUCGUAGAUGUGCUUAAUGAUGAGGGAAUUGGUAUGGUGGGGAUGAGUGAAGACGAUGCUGAUGUUAACGGUUCUGGUGCCGCAUAUGAAACACUUUUAUGCUGGGUUUUGGUGGACUCUUUGCAAAGACAUGGUUUUUGCAGUCGAGCUGAUUUUAGCAAGGAGCCUGCAUUCAGUUGGAUGAGCAAACUAUCAAGUCAAGUAAAGAUUGCUAUAAAAAGGUCAAAGAUCCUGUUCUGCAAUGGUUAUGGCUUUGAUGAGCUUGCCCCUGGUUUGAUUGUAUCUGCUCUAGAAUAUGCUGUUGAAGUAGGGACUUCAAUAUUUUUUGAUCCUGGACCACGUGGGAAAAGCCUUUCCACUGGAACACCUGAAGAACAAAGAGCGCUUGGCAAGUUCUUGAGGAUGAGUGAUGUUCUUCUUCUAACAUCUGAGGAGGCUGAAUCAUUAACUGGCAUUGGAAACCCAAUACUGGCAGGACAGGAAUUGCUUAGAAAAGGAGUGCGCACAAAAUGGGUGAUUGUCAAAAUGGGUUCAAGGGGUUCAAUUUUGAUCACCAUGUCAAGUAUAUCAUGUGCCCCAGCAUUCAAGGUGAAUGUUGUUGACACCGUUGGGUGUGGAGAUAGUUUUGUAGCCGCUAUAGCAUUUGGGUUCAUAAGCAAUAUGCCCAUGGUUUAUACAUUAACAAUUGCAAAUGCAGUGGGUGCUGCAACUGCCAUGGGCUGUGGCGCUGGUAGAAACGUUGCAACCUUGAAUCAAGUCAUAGAACUCAUGAGGGCAAAAAACCUCAAUGAGGAUGACAAUUUUUGGAGUGAGCUACUUGAUGAAAAUUUGGAUGCUCAGGAAGUUACAUUCCUAUCAAAAAUGGUCAUAAAUGGAAGCAAUAACCGGCUGCAUCGUGUUGCCCUGCAAAAGGUGGUUUCUGAAAUUCUUCCGGAGCUGGAAUCCGCACAAGUAAAGGGUGUAGUGCCUUCUUGACGAGUAUGAUGACCUUUGACUACAAUCUUUCGUUUUUUUUACUUGUUUUACAAGAUUUGAUUGCUCUUGAAAAUGUACUUACCUUGAAAUUGAGGCAUGGGAUUAAGAUAGAUGAUGAAGGAUGAAUUAGUCUUUGGAUGGAGUUGCAUUGAGGUACUUCUUGGUGAAAGUGUAGAUUCAAAGAAAGAAUAAUAAGCAAGAUUUGUUUGUUCGCUGCUGAAUUUUAUUUUUUUGGUGAGUAGUGAAAAGUGAUGUUUGUUGCCAUAGCUUUAGAAGGUGGACUUGGGUAAGCAAGAGCACAUCAGUUCACAAUUAGGAUUUUGGAUUGUUCGAGCGGCCUUUUGGAUGACUGCUUGAAGAUAUCCCAUUUUUUACACCAUUGAGAACAUGUAUGCUUCUCAAGCGAGGUUCCAUGAUUCCUGGGUGAAAUAUCAUUGUAAUGAGACUUGUAGCACAGUAUUUUAAGAUACAGAUUUACUGGUAUAGGGUUGAGUUGUUUGAAUUUCAAGGAAUAUUGUCACGAGAGAACGGAAAAACUGUGGAAGAGUACCCAUAUUACGUUUUCAAUUAGUGUUUCAGCAAUGUGGUGCUUGUAAACUUGUAAAUAAGUUUUUAUGUGAACUGAUAUAUGGAUUAUAUUCUUGCA